UCUCCCGCCCUCUCUCAUCUCUUCUCUCUGCCAUUUCUCUUUUUUGCUGUUUGUUGUCUGUUGCAACCACAAAUAACAGCGGAAGAGAUGAGUUUCAGGGACGACAAUGAGGAAGGGAGGGAUCUCAGGAAGCCUUUUCUCCAUACCGGAAGUUGGUACCGUAUGGGAUCUAGGCAAUCCAGUAUGAUGGGAUCAUCCCAGGCCAUUCGCGAUAGCUCCGUUUCAGUUCUUGCUUGCGUCUUGAUCGUCGCUCUCGGUCCCAUCCAGUUUGGUUUUACUUGUGGCUAUUCAUCUCCUACGCAAUCUUCUAUAAUGAAGGAUCUACGGCUCACAGUCCCGGAGUACUCUGUUUUCGGAUCUUUAUCCAACGUGGGUGCUAUGGUUGGGGCUAUUUCCAGUGGACAGAUAGCUGAAUACAUUGGUCGAAAAGGAUCUUUAAUGAUUGCUGCAAUUCCUAAUAUUAUAGGGUGGCUUGCUAUAUCAUUUGCAAAAGAUUCUUCUUUCCUUUACAUGGGGAGGUUGUUGGAAGGUUUUGGUGUGGGAAUAAUCUCAUAUACGGUUCCAGUUUAUAUUGCUGAGAUAGCUCCUCAAAACUUGCGAGGGGGGCUUGGUUCAGUUAACCAGCUCUCUGUCACCAUUGGAAUAAUGCUUGCUUAUCUUCUCGGACUUUUCGUACCAUGGCGACUGCUUGCAGUUCUGGGAAUUUUGCCUUGUACGGUUCUGAUACCUGGAUUGUUUUUUAUCCCAGAAUCUCCUCGGUGGCUGGCAAAAAUGGGUAUGACAGAAGAAUUUGAAACAUCAUUGCAAGUUCUUCGGGGAUUUGAUGCUGAUAUCUCUAUUGAAGUGAAUGAAAUCAAGAGGUCUGUAGCAACCACAACCAAAAGAACAACAAUUCGAUUUGCUGAACUCAAGCGGAGAAGAUAUUGGUUUCCUUUGAUGAUUGGUAUUGGGUUACUAAUGUUGCAGCAGCUUUCUGGAAUUAAUGCAGUGUUGUUCUAUUCAAGUACCAUAUUUGCUGCUGCAGGUGUUAAAUCAAGUAAUGUUGCUACAUGUGGGCUCGGUGCAGUCCAGGUUAUUGCCACUGCGGUGACGACAUGGCUGGUUGACAGAGCAGGCCGUCGAAUUCUCCUCAUUGUGUCCACAGCUGGAAUGACGUUUAGUCUUUUGAUUGUUUCCGUAGUCUUCUUCCUGAAGGAUCUUACCUCCGAAACAUCCAGUUUAUAUAAUAUUCUGAGUAUUUUAUCAGUUGUUAGUGUCGUGGCCCUGGUGGUAUUCUUCUCUCUGGGUCUUGGGGCUAUUCCAUGGGUUAUAAUGUCUGAGAUUCUUCCCAUCAAUAUCAAGGGUCUUGCAGGCAGCAUGGCAACACUAGCUAACUGGUUCAUCGCUUGGUUGGUCACAAUGACUGCAAACUUGCUUUUGGAAUGGAGCAAUGGAGGAACAUUUGCCAUCUACAUGUUGGUGAGUGCAUUCACAAUGGCAUUCGUUAUACUUUGGGUCCCCGAGACAAAAGGAAGAACACUGGAAGAAAUACAGUUCUCCUUCAGAUAAAAAGGUUUGAUGUUGGUGACCUGCCUGUUGGAAAGCAACCCUAUUUAUCACUUUGCAACUCAACCUAGAGAACAAUGCACUGCAGAAUAGUAAAUAUGGAUUUUCCCCCUCAAUAUACAAAAAUGUCUGUGCCUUGAAGCCCCAACUCUUUGAAAUUCCCUUUUGUGUUGCAAAACCCUUGAAGUGGUUACCCUAAUUAUUUGAUUGGUUCGUCAAUUCAAGCAUUUUGGUCCA